UAGGACUCAUUAAUUAUUUUAGAUUUUGAUUUUUUCUCUCUUUUUUUUUUGGAAUAGUGGCUUUUCUAAGGUUUUGUUAUGAUUCUGGGCAAUUAGAGUAUCAUAUCAUUUUCCAGAUAAUUUCUCUCAGAAUAAUGAGUUGAAGCUCCUGCAAUGUAUUGUUUAAGCGUGUAUCUGUUGAAAUCCUUUCGAAUAGUUUUUAACUAUCGCAAAAGUAGAAGCUUUAUGUUGAAGCCAUUAUUUUUAAGAUAUAAUUUUAGUUUAAUUUUUAAUAACAAUGUUUUAUUUAUCAAAUAUUUAGUUGUUACUUUUCAAACAGAGCUGUUCUAAAAGUCAAACAAAAAUCAUGUCACUCAACGUGAUAAGUCCAUGCCCUUGGUGCGUAUUGGAGGAACCAAAUAUUAAAGCAGCUACCAAAAUUGUACCUAAAUUUUGUUUGAACGCAAUGUUUGGACUUUAUAAGGACAUGGUUAAACUUAUCGUGGGAUAUGGUACAAUUGGACGAAGUACAAUUUAGUUACAUCAUCUACGGUUGAGAUGCGUUCCGCGUAACGGAUGAACGGCGCGAUGAAAAAUCUAUGGAUAAGAUGCUUCCCUGGAACGUCAAAGUCAACUGCUGAGGUGUACCGUUGACCCCACAUCUCUCUCUCUCUUUAAUUUUUUUCGCUUGCACUUCAUCUCUCUCUCUCUCUCUCUCUCUCUCUCUCUCCCUCUCUUCUUCAUGGGCUCCGCCCCAUCCUCCUCCGCCCACGAAUUCGAAGCCGAAGAGGACGACGCCGAAGACGAAGAAGACGACGAGGGUCCCCCAAACCCUAACCCCUCGUUGUCCUACGACGCCGCCAUAGCGCAGGAGCCCGAGCUCCUCCUCCACCGCACCUCCGCCACGCCCCUCUCCCCCCAGUCCUCCGCCUCCGCCGCGGCGUCGUCCCGCCUCCUCGGCCCCGCCGUUAGGGUCUGGGACCCCUGCAACCUCCUCCUCCGCCCCCCCGCGCCCCCCGACGCAGCCGCCGAGGUCCUCCUCGUCGCCCACGGCGAGUACGGGGACGGAGCCCCCUGCGCGGACCUCGUCGGAGGGCGCCGCCCCGGCGCCGAGCUCACCGCCGCGGGGCGACGCCAGGCACGAGCCCUCGCGGUGCUCCUCGACUCUCGGGGGGUGAGGUUCAGCGCCGUGUGCUCGUCGCCGUUAAAUCGAGCGAGGGCUACGGCUACAUUAGUUUGCCAGGCAGUAGGAUUUCCGGAGGAGCAAAUACAAUAUAGUGAUGCUCUAACCGAGAUGAGCCACGGGCACUGGGAGGGUUUGCCUCAUUCCCAAAUCUACACACCCGAAACAUUGUAUUUAAUCGGUAGAACAGAGCCAGAUUUCUCUGCACCUUCAGGUGAAUCACUUAGACAGGUGGAGUUUAGGAUGAUCGAGUUCCUUAACCGGACAGUCUUAGGACUACCCAAAAGGAUUAAGCAAGGGGAUUUGCUAAUGCACCAAGAUAAGAAGUUUUCUGGUAAGAGUAGGCUUCAGUUUAUGAGUAUAGGUCAGAAAGAGGCCAAGGAAGAUCACUUUUCGGGAGAGUUUGAUUAUGAAACGAGAACCCAAAACUCUAAAAAUUAUGUUGGGAUCUUCACGCAUGCAACUCCAAUCAAAUGUCUUGUAGCUGGUUUGUUAAACUGUAGUUUGAAAAUGCAUGAUAAGAUCUGUAUAGAUGAUUCAUCUGUUACGGUGUUACAACACUCCAUUAGAGCAGGAUGGCGUAUAAAGAGACUGAAUGAUACUUCACAUCUCAGCCUUUUAUAGGUUCUUGAGGAGAAUUCAUUCACGGUAGUUUUGGUCGGUUUGAAGAUAGUUAUAUAUUCUUUCCUACGACAAAAUUUGAUAGGUAAAUUUGUUGUCACCAAGAGUGUAUAAUAUGUUACUUUCUGUUAUACUUGUUCAUUCCUCGUAUACUGUUGCCUGCACCAAUAAGUUGGUGUUGAAGCUGUAUUAUUUGUCAUCGGCGUGAUUUUCGGCACAACGAUUGUAAAAUUGGGAAACAAUAGCAUACAUUACUCUGUAGAAAUGUCUUUUUUUGAUUUCUUGUACACAAACACUCUAUAAAUAAACUGCAGAAACAAGUCAUUUGAUUCUGUGAUGCUUUAUUUGUAAUAGUUUAAAUAGAGUAUUAUUGUAUUUGGAGUUUGAAA